UUUGAACAUAUGUGCACCCAAUUUUUUCUUCUUAUUUCAACCUUAAUCUCUCUCAUGCUUGCAAAAGGCCUAAGAAAACUCUUAAGGCCAGUGCAGCUGAAAUCCCCAUCACAACCAGCAUGUGGCUCUUUGGUUUUUCCCCCACAAAGCCUAGAAACCUUUGGAUAAUUGGUGCAAUUCUGCUGGUCAUCCUCCUCACUAUCAUCUUAAAGAAGUGGGCUAUCUAUCUAGAGGCCCAAGCACACAAAUGUUCCAUGGAAAAAGCCCAGAGAAACUGUGAGAAUUACCUGCAAAUUUCCAAUCUAUGCUGCACGGGUGUGAUAAGGACUUAUGCGCUUGAGGAGUUGAAAAUGGCGACCACGGAUUUCAGAAUUCGAAUCGGGGUUGGAGCCACUUCAUUUGUGUAUCUGGCGGAGCUUGGCGAUGGAAGGUUAGGUGCUGUGAAGCGCGUAAUGGAGGAGAGAGGUGGGAGCAAGAAGAUGUUCUUGGAUGAAGUCUCGGUUCUUCUCAGGAUUUCUCACCCUAAUUUGGUGGGAUUGAUGGGGUUCUGCCUAGAGAAAGGAGAACAACUUCUACUACUAGAGUAUGUCCCCAACAAGAGCCUCUUUGAUAGAAUGCACACAUUCCGUGGCCAAUCUGAGGGCAUACUCUCAUGGUCCAACCGCUUGAACAUUGCCCUAGACAUCGCUCGUGCUCUCGACUACCUUCACUCCCAAGCCGACCCUCCUAUCAUACACAGAGAUGUCAAGUCCUCCAACAUUCUCUUGAUCGACAACGAUCACGCCAAACUAGCAGACUUUGGGCUAUGCAAAUUGGGGUACAAUGAUAGGUAUGGCUCACAAUCUCCCACCAUUGUCAAGGGCUCCUUCGGCUAUGUCGACACUAAUUACCUUAAGACUGGCCAUGUCUCAUCAAAGAGCGAUGUAUAUAGCUUUGGGGUCCUACUUCUUGAGCUAAUAACCGGGCUCAGAUCGAUACAAGACUCUACGACGCUUGCAGAAUGGACUGAGGAGGCCCGGAAGAAUGAUUCCAUAGAGGUUUUGGUUGGAUUGUUGGAUCCCAAACUCAAUGGGGAUGUCAAUGUAGAGCAGCUUCGGGUGUUGAUGGAGGUGGCCAACUCGGCUUUACUUGAAAAGUCAGAAGCUAGACCAGACAUGAGAGACAUUGUAGAUAGGAUUUUGGGAUGCAUGGAACUUCAUCAACUUCAAUCUGAGUUGCCAGUUUAAUUCUGUUGAUUUUAUACUCUUCCAUUUGUGCUGUUAAUGCCAUUUUUUUUUUUUCCUUUCUCAUUGAUAUGAUCAGUUUGAUCAUUUUCAUUAAUACAAUGUGAAGCAUACAUCUUUCAAAAUAAAAAAGGAAAUAAUAGUUACGUACCUUGUGCUUUGCCUUUUAA